AUGCCUGAGUACCUCACGCUCACUAUGUACCGCGUUGCCGUCAUUGCACGCGACCUUCCAGAGGUUAUGGACCCGGAAGAGAGGGUUUACAAGAAGUGCUCGCUCGGAGACCAGCUCAACGCACCUGAAGCCGUGGCGCAACCCCUUAUCAACCUCAACGCGGCCCCCGCCCAUCCUCGGCAGGCUGCCGCGGCGCUGCCUCACGCCCCAGGCCGGGAGAACAUCCCACCAAUCCCCACGACCCCCGCCCAAUCCCCUCGCCCGACUCUCUCUCCGGCCACGCUGGGCCCUCACAAUGGCCAGCUCAGUCGCCACACCCCUUACCAGAGCGAACAGACGUUCGCAGAGGAAGCGGCGAUCCCCGACUGGCCGUUCCGCGGGCCUGAGGGCCCUCUGCAGCGCACACGGAUCGAAGGGUCCGACGAGCUCGUGUUCGGCGCGUUCUGA